AUGCUGGACGGCCUGAAGAUGGAGGAGAACUUCCAAAGCGCCAUCGAAACGUCGGCCUCUUUCUCCUCGCUGCUGGGCAGAGCGGUGAGCCCGAAGUCUGUCUGCGAGGGCUGUCAACGGGUCAUCUCGGAUAGGUUUCUGCUGAGGCUCAACGACAGCUUCUGGCAUGAGCAGUGCGUGCAGUGUGCCUCCUGCAAAGAGCCACUGGAGACCACCUGCUUCUACCGGGACAAGAAGCUCUACUGCAAGUAUGAUUAUGAGAAGCUGUUUGCUGUCAAAUGCGGGGGCUGCUUUGAGGCCAUCGCACCCAACGAGUUUGUUAUGCGGGCCCAGAAGAGCGUGUACCACCUGAGCUGCUUCUGCUGCUGUGUCUGUGAGCGGCAGCUCCAGAAGGGUGAUGAGUUUGUGCUGAAGGAGGGGCAGCUGCUCUGCAAAGGGGACUAUGAGAAGGAGCGGGAGCUGCUCAGCCUGGUGAGCCCAGCAGCGUCAGACUCAGGGAAAAGUGAUGAUGAGGAAAGUCUUUGCAAGUCAGCCCACGGGGCAGGGAAAGGAGCCUCUGAGGACAGCAAGGACCAUAAGCGCCCCAAACGUCCCAGAACCAUCUUGACAACCCAACAGAGGAGAGCAUUCAAGGCCUCGUUUGAAGUAUCCUCCAAGCCAUGCAGGAAGGUGAGGGAGACCCUGGCUGCAGAGACAGGGCUGAGCGUCCGUGUGGUUCAGGUGUGGUUCCAGAACCAGAGAGCUAAGAUGAAGAAGCUGGCCCGGCGGCAGCAGCAGCAGCAGCAAGAUCAGCAGAACACCCAGCGGCUGAGUACCGCUCAGACAAACGGUGGCGGGAGCGCUGGCAUGGAAGGGAUCAUGAACCCCUACACGGCUCUGCCCACCCCACAGCAGCUCCUGGCCAUCGAGCAGAGUGUCUACAGCUCAGAUCCCUUCCGACAGGGGCUCACCCCACCCCAGAUGCCUGGAGACCACAUGCACCCCUAUGGUGCUGAGCCCCUCUUCCACGAGCUGGAUAGUGAGGACACCUCUCUCAGUAACCUGGGUGACUGUUUCCUAGCAACCUCAGAAGCCGGGCCCCUGCAGGCCAGAGUGGGAAACCCCAUUGAUCAUCUGUACUCCAUGCAGAAUUCUUACUUCACCUCUUGA